AUGAACCUACCAAAUGAACGCCGAUAUAAAGAUCGCCGGAGUCAAAUAGGUGACUGGAAAUCAGGAAACCCACCGGACAGCUACGCUCAGCUUUUCCAAAAACCCAUCGAGGGAGACCAGUCAUUAGGCCAUGAUAUCAGCUUCCACACCUUCAAAUUACCCACCGGCGAGUUCGGCUUGCCGGAUGGCUGUGAGAAUCUCCUCCACGGCUCCGUUGGCAAGAUGGAGAAGAUUUAUUUGGCCGUCGAGAAGCUUCAAGAACCCAUACAAAACUCGUCUGAGAACGCCGCCCCAAUUGCAUCGUUUUUUUGUUCCCGCUCUGUUGUGAAGAGAACCUUCGGCGGUACGCACCGCACGAUAAGGCAAAUUGUGAUACAGAGACCUUUUGCUUUGCCGGGUCUCCCCGACGACAACCUUAUUUUUACGAAGAAAAAAACACCAUUCUGGUUUAAGGAUAAAGGAACUGGUUGGGGACAAUUUCUUGACAUGGUUAUAGAAUCUGAGCUCAGGAGCUAUGGGGUUAUGGUCAACAGCUUUUACGACAUGGAGCCAGCUUAUGCCGAAUAUUUCAAGGAUGAAAUGGGCAGAAAGCUAUGGCUCUUAGGACCCGUGUUUCUCUUCAACAAUGAAGUCGAACAAAAGGCUGAGAGGGGCCAAAAGAACUCGAUUGAGGGAGGUACAGUUUUGAAUUGGCUCGACUCCAAAGGAACCAAGUCAGUACUUUAUGUUAGUUUUGGGAGCUUGGUUAGUAUGCAUCCUGAACAGUUCCUCGAGCUUGCUCACGGGCUCGAGGCUUCUAGCUGCCCAUUCAUUUGGGUGGCCAGAGAUGAGUCAGAGUUUGGCCAAGAAAAGGAGGCGGAAAUGGAGACUGGGAUUCGAGUAGGAAACGAGGAGUGGUUAUCGUAUACUUGGGAACCCAAGGUGACGGUGACCAGAGAGAAGGUGAAGGCAGCAGUAAAGUGGCUGCUGGGCGGUGGUGGUGUUGGUGAAGUGGAGGAGGUGAGAAGGCGAGCAAAAGAGUUGAGUGUGAAGGCUAAGAAAGCUGUAAACCAUGGUGGCUCAUCUGAUGCUGAUGUUGUUUCUUUUGAUCAAUGA